AUGGAUCAUUCUCUCGUCGCCAAGAAAAAGGAAAUGGAGACAUUAAUCGAGAGAAAGAGGGUAAUAAAACUAAGCAUGGUGUCGUUGAUCGGGUUGAUCAAAAAUCCAAAAAUAGACCGAAAAGGAGGUUUUGCCAUUGGUAAUAAGAACACUGAGAGAUGGUCUCAUAAUGGAAUUGGGGAAGAAAAACGAACGGAGAGAACGGAGAGUGAGUUCCUCCGUACUGUCGGAAUCGAAGAGAUCGGAAAUAGUAUGGAAGAGGAAGAGAUGCAGGUAGUCAAUGAGAGAGGCGGAAACUGGCUUCGGAGGAAGAAGAAGAAGAAGAAGCUUCCGAGAGGGACAAAAAAAACGCCGAUACUCGAAAUGGUCCGACGAUACGUGAAUUAUUCAAAAUGGGAUAACUGGUGCGCCUCUGCAGGUUGUCCCUACUGUCGCAAACCUCCUAUGAGUAUCGCAAGAAGCCUAAAGCCUCCGCGUUGGAUAGAUAUUCGUAAAUACCAAAGAUCGACAGAACUUCUUGUCAAAAAAGCGCCGUUUCAACGUUUGUGUCGUGAAAUAUGUCAGAAAAACCGUUGGGAUGUUCGUUUCCAAUCGGCAGCUCUCGAGGCACUUCAAGUAGCAAUAGAAGCAUAUCUAGUUGAAAUUUUCCAAGAAUCGCAAAACUAUGCAAUUCAUGCUGGAAGAGUUACUAUCAUGAAAAAAGAUAUGCAGCUGGCAAGACGUGUUCGUGGAAAUAAUGAGGAGAGUGAUUCUGACGACAAUAGUGAUGAUUAUUAUAGUGAUGAUGAUGAUUAUUGA